AGAAGGAGCCGUACAAAUAGGACCCCAAACAGCACAGAGAGUUGACCGUCGAGGAAAAUAAUCGACAAUAGCAGCAGAAGGAGCAGUCUAACAACCGCACACCAAACCGCAUCAGAGAUAAUGGCAGCAUAUUUGGACCUUGGCAGCUGGGACUUGGCCUGUUCCUCCAAUAACAUCGGGCACCAUACGGACCUCAACGGACUGGACCGCCUGAUCGUGAGAAGAGGCCAGGCGUUCACCAUCAACCUCUGCCUGCGAUCUGGAGAGUACGAGCCGGGCAAACACUCGCUCAGCCUCAUCGCAGAGACAGGACCUCAGCCGUCGGAGGAGUCAUGCACCAGGGCCGUGUUCUGUGUGAGCGACGAGGCCGACGAGACGAGGUGGAGCGCCACAGUCAGCAGCCCCUCCUCCGGCUGGCUCGCCCUGACCAUCAGCGCCGCGCCAGACGCACCGAUCGGCCGCUACUCACUGACCCUGGAUCAGUCUGGCUACAAAGUCAGCCUGGGCGAGUUCCUGAUGCUCUUCAACCCCUGGUGUCCCAGAGAUGCCGUGUAUAUGGCUGAUGAGGAGGCCCUCAAAGAAUACGUGCUCUCUCAGGAUGGGAUUAUUUUCAGGGGCAGCUACAAAUACCCCAUCGGCAGCGCCUGGGAAUUUGGACAGUACGAGACAGGGAUCCUGGACGCGUGUCUGAGGAUAUUGGAAGUGAAUCCAAAGUGCUUGAGGAACCCACCAGAGGACUGUGCUGCAAGAAGCAACCCUGUGUAUGUGACUAGGGUCAUCAGUGCAAUGGUGAACUCAAACGAUCAGGAUUAUGGAGUGCUGACGGGGAAGUGGAAGGAGCCAUUUGAUGACGGCGUAAGCCCCAUGUCCUGGAGGGGCAGCGUGGAGAUCCUGCAGGAUUGGCACCAGUCAGGUUGCAGGGCCGUGCGCUACGGCCAGUGCUGGGUGUUUGCCGCUGUGGCCUGCUCAGUGGCCCGUGCUCUGGGCAUUCCGUGCAGAGUCAUCACCAACUACCUCUCUGCCCACGACACUAACCAAAACCUGGUGAUCGAGCGCUACAUAGACGAGAAGGGUCAGCCUAUCAACCGCACAAGAGACAGCAUAUGGAACUAUCACUGCUGGGUGGAGUCCUGGAUGAACCGGCCGGAUCUCCCUGCUGGUUAUGAUGGAUGGCAGGCCAGCGACUCCACACCGCAGGAGAGGAGUGAGAAUGUGUUUUGUUGUGGUCCAGUCCCUCUCAAGGCUAUAAAAGAGGGUCAGCUGAACACGAAAUAUGAUGCUCCAUUCGUGUUUGCGGAGGUGAACGCUGACGUGAAGACUUUUAUGAAGCGGCCCGAUGGCACCACCAAGGAGGUCAUCAGCUCGGCCUUUGUUGGCCAGCACAUCUCCACCAAGAGCGUGGGCAGUGACCAAAGGGAGGACAUCACACACCUGUAUAAAUACCCAGAGGGGUCUGAGGAGGAAAGGGAGUCCUUCAAGAGAGCCGAGCACCUGAUCAAACUCCAGCAGGACAAGGAGGUUGGCCUGGAUGUCAAGAUCAAGGUCAGUUCAUCCAUGAAGAAGGGCUGUGACUUUGACGUGUUCGCCGUGGUCAAGAACAAAACGGCGAGCGACAAGAAAUGCCGCCUGGUCUUCGCCUCUCGCGCCGCUUCGUACAGCGGUAUCCUGGGAAACGACUGUGGCUACAAGGACCUACUCAAUGUGGAGCUUCCCCCUGAAGGAGAGCGGUCAGUGCCCUUGCGGUUGAACUACAGUAAGUACUGCAACUCUCUGACUGAGGACAACCUGAUCCGCCUGGUAGCUCUCCUUGUCGACCGAGGCAAUGGCGACAUGAUCCUGGCUGUCAGAAACAUCGUCCUGGAGAACCCCGAAAUCAAGAUCCGGGUUCUAGGAGAGCCCAAGAUGAACCGUAAACUGGCUGCAGAGAUCACAGUGCACAACCCACUGCCUGUCCCCCUCACCGGCUGCUGCUUCAAGGUGGAGGGAGCCAACCUCACUGGAGGCAAAACCAUCACAGAGAAGCUGCCAUCUACGGUGGAGGCAGGUCAGGAGGCCAAGGUCAAAGUGUACUUCACGCCAAGCCACUGGGGCCUGAGGAAGCUGGUGGUCGACUUCGACAGCGACAAGCUCUGCCACGUCCAGGGAUACAGGAAUGUGAUCAUCGGAAAGUAACUUGGCUCUCAUCCAACCAUCAAUUAUACAGGCACAGAAAAAACAUUUAAAAUAGAAUAUUAUAAAAGAGAAUAUACACUAAAAGGGACAACAUUGGAGAGAAGAUAAAGAUGAAAACAUAUUAUAAAUAGCCUUUGGUUUGAAUGUAGUGUUAACAAAUGUUUUGUAAGUCUUCAAAUACCUUAACCUGUGGAGGAUAAUGUAUUUGAAAGUCAGUCCUCUCACUAAAUCUACUUUUGUACUUCAUGUCUUGUACAAUGUGUUCAAAGAACCACAUUGACCAAUUAUAUUUCAGUCAACAUUCGUAAGUUUUCUAGUAGCCUAUACUCUGCUUUGUCUUUCAGCAUUAGAGAGGACAAAAUGAUCUCUGAUCCACAUAUGUGAAAAGUAUAACAGAAAAAGCAAUGGAAAUGUAUCUAGUAUUUGUCAUGACUAAUGAGAGAUCUAAUGAGAUUUUUCUAUGAAUGCCAUAUUGUGUACGUAUUUUUUAUUAAAGAGAUCUUGCAAAUAA